AUGACAUUGCAUCGCUCACCCAUCACUUGUGCAUAUCUGCUUUCCACAGCUCUUAUCCCUCCAGAAAUGAGUUUGAUCCACAUGGAGGAUGCUCCUUUACGCCAGCCAAGUCUUCAAGGAGCACAGGGGUUCUGGACACCACGGCUCCUCUCCAUGGCUGCACUGCUGCUCCUGCUGUUGCUGUUUUGCAUUGCUGGUGGACUCAGCUUUGCUUUACUCAAGUCAACCACUAAAGAGCCCUGCAUGGUUAAGUUUGGACCAUUACCCUCAAAAUGGCAAGUUACAUCUCCUGAAUCUCCUUGUAUGAAUAUGACAUCUGAUUGGAAGCUGAAGAUACUUCACACUGGUUCAUAUUUAAUUUAUGGUGAAGUGGCUUUUAAUAAAGCCUAUGAGGGACAUGCUCCCUUUAUAAUCCAGCUACGUAAAAAUGAGGACAACUUACGAAAUGCAACAAGCAGAUGGAAAAAUAUGACAAGUGAACCUCACAUCCAGUUUAUAGGAGGGACUUAUGAAUUCCAUGCUGGAGAUAUAAUAGACUUGAGAUUCAACGAUGAAGAUCAGAUAAAAAAAAAUAGUACAUACUGGGUGGUUCUUUUAGUACCAGAUCUUCAGUUCAUUUCCUAG